AUUUCUGGAACCGAUUACCUGUCGCAGCUCAUCCGUUUUCCCUUCUCCAUUGUCAACUCCAAACCCUGGAACUUCAAGAAUCCUAUACCCCACCAGCAGUCUUCCAUAUCGAUUCUACAUUUCGUAAUGGAUCAAGUUAAAGAUUUCGCCGAUGUUCCCCAGGAAUUCGUCAAGGAGGGUGUACAGUUCAUGAACCGAUGCACAAAGCCCGACAAGCGUGAAUUCCUCAAGAUCUCACAGGCCGUCGGUGUCGGUUUCGUAGUCAUGGGUGUCAUCGGUUACGUCGUCAAGCUCGUCCACAUUCCCGUGAACAACAUCCUCGUCGGUGGAUCAUAG